CUAACCUCUUUUUCUUACUCAACUCGUCUCCAUUAUCCGCAAACAAUUGCACGUCACAAAAUAGUAUACCCGAUCUGCAAUCAUGUCUUCCAGAAAACUCGAUAACCCUCACUCCGGCGACGGUGCCAGUCCCGGAAAAAUCUUCAUCGGAGGGUUAGCCAAAGACACAACAUUAGAGACAUUCGUGAAGUACUUUGAAAGAUACGGAGAGAUUACAGAUUCCGUUAUCAUGAAGGAUCGACAUACGGGUCGACCAAGAGGUUUCGGGUUUAUCACUUAUGCGGAUCCUAACGUCGUUGACCAAGUCAUUCAGGAGAAUCACAUCAUCAAUGACAAGCAGGUUGAAAUCAAGAGGACUAUUCCUAAAGGUUCAUCACAAACUAAUGACUUCAAAACUAAGAAGAUUUUUGUUGGUGGCAUUCCAACAGCAGUAUCUGAAGAUGAGCUCAAGAACUUCUUCUCUAAGCAUGGGAAGGUUGUGGAGCAUGAGAUAAUACGCGACCACACCACUAAACGAUCUCGUGGAUUUGGUUUUGUAGUUUUUGACAAUGAUAAGGUUGUGGAUAAUUUGCUGGCUGAUGGGAACAUGAUUGAUAUGGAUGGUACUCAGGUUGAGAUAAAGAAGGCUGAACCAAAGAAAUCCUCAAAUUCAGCUUCUCUUCCAUCAUUUGCUAGUGACUCUAGGGCACGUUCUUACAGUGAUGGUUUUGGUGGGUUUGGCGAUUCUUAUGGAAGUUUUUCUGGUGGAGGUUAUGUCCCUGGAUCUUAUAGAUCACUUGGCGGUUUCGGUGGUAGGCUUAGUGAUUAUGGUGGAUAUGGAGGUGGAGAUGACUUCAGUGGUAGUUUUGGGGGCUAUGGGGGCAGUUCUGGUGGUUAUGGAGGCUAUAGAGGAGAAUCUUCAUUUGGCUACUCUAGCCGCUAUGGGUCCUACAUGGGGGGCCUUGGUGGUGGAUAUAGUGGUGGUGGGUUAGGCCCGUACGGAAGAGGUGUUGGGGGCUAUGGAAGUUAUGGUGGUCCAGGCACUGGCGGAGGUUAUGAUUCAGGUGCUGGUGCUGGUUUUGGUGCGACAGGAGGACUCUAUUCUAGUAGGGGAGGUUAUGGGGGCAGUAGUCGAUACCAUCCUUACUCAAGAUAGUUUUAUUACUAAGCUUUGCGGUAGAAUUUGCAUGCAGGUUUAAUCAUUUCCUAGAUACAAGGCACUUACUGCAGGAGGGCACUUUCUAGCAGUCAGAUGAACCACUAGCAUGUCUGUUUUAAUCAAUUGCUUAGACAAUCGAAGAUAGAACUUCAUUGAUCUAGAGCUUUCUGAACAACACCAAUCUAGAGGUUUUUGUCCAUCAUCAUUCUAGAGCUCUCUGAACAUCAACAAUCUAGAGUAUCCCAUCAGUUACCAGCCUAUAUGAUCUUAGUUAGAUUAUUGUUUUAUGUGAUAAUCAGAUGAUUGCAAGUUAGACUGUCACCAUUCUGGAUAUCAAUUUUAGUUAGAAUCAUUGGGUUGUGUGAAUGUGUAUUAUUGUAGGUUAUGCUUAUUAGAAUUUUGUUUGAAAGAGUACUUGUUCUUGAUCUUUCCUUUAGUUAUGCUUGGUGAGCCUAUAUUGUAGACGUGUGACACAACCUUUUCAGGUUAUGAUUUAGUUAUGUUUUUGGUAAAGAUAAAUCAUAUCAUAGCUCUCAAUUAGUUCCAAGUUCCAACAGGUUCCUGAAGUCACUUUUCCUCCCAAAGGGUUGGUUUGAUUGUUAGCAAGCAUUAAUUGUUAACUUAAAUGGUUGGACUAUUGAUCUGAGCCUUUAUCCAGAUUUACACAUUCUUAGAUUUUGUUAGUGUUAGCAUCGGAUAGUCGAUAUAUUUGCCUCUAGGGGCUCUAUGGUUAGUUAAAACAAGAAGCUAUAUAAUACCUAAUGGGGGAUCGUAUAUUAGUUUACAAAUGUUGGACAUAAUAUCUAGCGAGUACAUUAAUGAGUUUUUAGCCACUACUGCUAUGCACGUCCAUGAUUGAAUUCAUGAUGUUUGUAUGUAUUUUGGAAGGUGCAAAUAGCUAUUAUCCCAGCUUUGCUCUUUAAUAGUUUUAUCGCCUCUACGAACCCUAAAACAUACCUUGCAUUAAGCAUGUUAAUUUUUUAAAGCAGUGAUUUAAUAACGAAACAAUUAAAUAUUGUUAUUUUAGUUUAUAUUAAUUAUAGAAUGAUCACAGAAAUUGUUUAAGAAAUGUUGAACUAGUAUAUGGAUUUUGAGAGAAUUUACUGAAUCUUUUUUAUUUUUAUUUUUUUUAUGUGCAUGGGUUUUGAAUGUUGGGUAAACAUUAUUUUCAAAAGACUUUGUUAACAGGAUUGUCUUAAUGAAUAUUAUUCCUUUUCUUAAACUUUUAAUGAAGAGCUUAUAUAAUGUUUUUUAUUAGCGAGAGAUUAUAUAAUGUAGUUUAAUCCAUGUUAAAUUGUCUUGACUGUUGGUUGGUUUUUUAAUUUUGAUUUGUGGAAACAACAAAUGCGAGCCAUGCUAAUGAGGAAUGUCCAGAAAAUGCAAAGAAAAGAGCUCCUCAUGGCAAACCACAAAGGCCAGAGAGUCAGAUGUGGAGAACAUCCCGGUUUUGAGCUUCAGGGAUUUUCUAGUGAUAGAUUUGUUAGUAAGGGCUUCAAUCACUGUUUUGUAUACUUAUCUUUUUUUGCUCUCGAAGAUACUGUGUACUAAGAAUUUUUAUGUUAUGACUUAUUAUAAUAGUACAAUAAUUUUUUAUUUAA